CUUCCUUUUGCCUCCUAACGCCCUUCCUUUUCUUUUUCUCUCCCCGCACCCCAUCCCUUCUUCCUCCUUUCCCCAGAUUAGCAGCUCCAGGAAACAAAGGGCCUGGGCUCUCUGGACCUCGGUGCUGGAGCCUGCCCUCCGCCCGCCCGCCCGCCCAUCGGCAAACGGUUCCGGGGACCGGGCUCCCCGGCUCCCUAGCCCUCCCCGGCCUCCCCCGCCUCCCGCCCGCUUUCGCUCGCGCCCUCCCCGCUCGCUUCCUCCCGCUCGUUCCUCCCCCACCAUCGCAGCGCUGGGAGGAAGGCGGCCGGGGCUCAAGAUGGCUUUAGCCCGGCUCUGCGCGCUGCUCGCCUGCUGCUGGGGGCCGGCGGCGGUGCUGGCUACCGCCGGCGGCGACGUGGAUGCGUCCAAGGAGCUGGAGUGCAAGCUCAAGAGCAUCACGGUGUCGGCGCUGCCCUUCCUGCGCGAAAACGACCUGAGCAUCAUGCACAGCCCCUCGGCCUCCGAACCCAAGCUCCUCUUCUCGGUGCGUAACGACUUCCCUGGAGAAAUGGUAGUGGUGGACGACCUGGAGAACACAGAGCUGCCCUACUUCGUGCUAGAGAUCUCAGGGAACACUGAAGACAUCCCUCUGGUGCGUUGGAGGCAGCAGUGGCUGGAAAACGGAACUUUACUUUUUCACAUCCAUCACCAAGAUGGUGCCCCAAGUCUCCCUGGACAAGACCCAACCGAGGAGCCCCAGCAUGAGUCGGCAGAAGAGGAGCUGAGAAUCCUCCACAUCUCAGUCAUGGGUGGCAUGAUUGCUCUGCUGCUGUCCAUCUUGUGCCUCGUGAUGAUCCUGUACACACGCCGGCGCUGGUGCAAACGCCGCCGAGUGCCUCAGCCCCAGAAGAGUGCCAGUGCCGAGGCAGCCAAUGAGAUUCACUACAUUCCUUCUGUGCUGAUCGGUGGCCAUGGGCGGGAGAGCCUGCGCAAUGCCCGCGUGCAGGGCCACAACUCCAGUGGCACCCUGAGCAUCCGGGAGACGCCCAUCCUGGAUGGCUAUGAGUAUGACAUCACGGACCUGCGCCACCACCUGCAGAGGGAGUGCAUGAAUGGAGGGGAGGAUUUCGCCAGCCAGGUCACGCGCACCCUGGACUCUUUGCAGGGCUGCAAUGAGAAGGCAGGGAUGGACCUCACGCCAGGAAGUGACAAUGCCAAGCUCUCACUAAUGAACAAGUAUAAAGAUAACAUCAUCGCCACCAGUCCCGUGGACUCCAACCACCAGCAGGCCACCCUCCUGUCUCAUACUUCCAGUAGCCAGAGAAAGCGGAUCAACAACAAAGCCAGAGCUGGUUCCGCUUUCUUGAACCCUGAAGGGGACUCUGGCACAGAAGCGGAAAAUGACCCUCAGCUGACCUUCUACACGGAUCCCUCCCGCAGCCGGAGGCGCAGUAGAGUGGGUUCUCCCAGAAGUCCUGUGAAUAAGACUACCUUGACUUUAAUCAGCAUCACCACCUGUGUCAUCGGCCUUGUGUGCUCCUCUCACGUCAAUUGUCCUCUCGUGGUCAAAAUAACCCUGCAUGUCCCUGAGCACCUGAUUGCUGAUGGGAGCCGCUUCAUUCUGCUGGAGGGGAGCCAGCUGGAUGCCAGCGACUGGCUGAACCCUGCCCAAGUGGUUCUCUUCUCUCAACAGAACUCCAGUGGGCCCUGGGCCAUGGACCUCUGUGCCCGGCGGCUCCUGGACCCCUGUGAACAUCAAUGCGACCCUGAAACUGGAGAAUGCCUCUGCUAUGAAGGUUACAUGAAGGAUCCAGUCCACAAGCACCUUUGCAUUCGGAAUGAAUGGGGGACAAACCAGGGGCCUUGGCCUUAUACAAUAUUUCAGAGAGGCUUUGACCUGGUUCUGGGAGAGCAACCCUCUGAUAAAAUAUUCAGGUUCACCUACACUCUUGGGGAGGGCAUGUGGUUGCCCCUCAGCAAGAGCUUUGUGAUUCCACCAGCUGAACUGGCCAUCAACCCAUCCGCAAAGUGUAAGACAGACAUGACCGUCAUGGAGGACGCUGUAGAGGUCCGAGAGGAGCUGAUGACAUCCUCCUCCUUUGACAGCCUGGAGGUCCUCCUGGAUUCCUUUGGGCCAGUCCGGGACUGCAGCAAGGACAAUGGGGGCUGCAGUAAGAACUUCCGCUGCAUUUCAGACCGCAAGCUGGACUCCACUGGCUGUGUGUGCCCGUCCGGACUCAGCCCCAUGAAGGACAGCUCGGGGUGCUACGACCGCCACAUCGGGGUGGACUGCUCCGACGGCUUCAACGGCGGCUGCGAGCAGCUGUGUCUCCAGCAGAUGGCGCCCUUCCCGGACGACCCCGCCCUGUACAACAUCCUCAUGUUCUGCGGGUGCAUUGAAGACUACAAGCUUGGCGUGGAUGGACGGUCCUGCCAACCCAUCACAGAGACCUGUCCGGAAGGAGGAGAUUGCGGGGAAAGCAGGGAGCUUCCCAUGAACCAGACUCUCUUCGGGGAGAUGUUCUUCGGUUACAACAACCAAUCCAAGGAAGUGGCCCCCGGACAGGUGCUGAAAGGCACGUACAGGCAAAACAACUUUGCUCAUGGCUUAGAUCAACAGCUACCAGAUGGUCUUGUGGUGGCCACUGUCCCACUGGAGAAUCAGUGCCUGGAAGAAGUCUCAGAGCCCACCCCUGACCCUGACUUCCUCACUGGGAUGGUGAACUUCAGUGAGGUGUCUGGAUACCCCGUGCUGCAGCACUGGAAGGUGCAGUCUGUGAUGUACCACAUCAAGCUCAACCAGGCAGCUGUCUCUCAGGCUUUUGGCAACGCUCUUCACUCUCUGGAUGGGGCUACGUCACGUGCAGAUUUUGUGGCCUUAUUGGAUCAGUUUGGCAAUCAUUACAUCCAGGAAGCUAUCUAUGGCUUUGAAGAAUCCUGUUCUAUCUGGUACCCAAACAAGCAAGUCCAGCGGCGACUCUGGAUAGAAUAUGAAGAUAUCAGUAAAGGCAACUCUCCAUCAGAUGAGUCGGAGGAGCGGGAAAGAGACCCCAAGGUGCUGACAUUCCCAGAAUACAUUGCAAGCCUGUCAGACUCAGGCACCAAGCGCAUGGCAGCUGGAGUCCGCAUGGAGUGCCAGAGCAAGGGACGAUGCCCCUCAUCCUGCCCCUUGUGUCAUGUGACAUCCAACCCUGACACUCCUGCUGAGCCCGUCCUUCUGGAGGUGACCAGAGCAGCCCCCAUCUAUGAGCUGGUGACUAACAAUCAGACCCAGAGGCUCUUGCAGGAGGCCACCAUGAGCUCACUCUGGUGCUCAGGGACUGGAGAUGUCAUUGAGGACUGGUGUCGAUGUGACUCCACAGCAUUUGGAGCUGACGGACUCCCCACCUGUGCGCCUCUGCCACAGCCUGUGCUGAGACUCUCCACGGUUCACGAGCCCAGCAGCACUCUUGUGGUCCUGGAGUGGGAGCACUCAGAGCCACCCAUUGGGGUGCAGAUAGUAGAUUACCUCAUUCGCCAAGAGAAGGUCACCGAUAGGAUGGACCACUCCAAAGUGGAGACAGAAACCAUACUAAGCUUCGUGGAUGAUAUUAUCUCCGGAGCCAAGUCCCCUUGUGCCAUGCCAUCGCAGGUGCCAGACAAGCAACUCACCACCAUCUCGCUCAUCGUACGAUGUCUGGAACCUGACACCAUUUACAUGUUCACCCUUUGGGGAGUGGACAAUACAGGACGGCGUUCCAGGCCAAGUGACGUGAUUGUGAAGACUCCUUGUCCUGUGGUGGAUGAUGUCAAAGCCCAAGAAAUAGCAGACAAAAUUUACAAUCUUUUCAAUGGCUACACCAGUGGAAAGGAACAACAGACGGCCUACAACACCCUUCUGGAUCUGGGCUCCCCCACCUUACAUCGCGUCCUGUACCACUACAACCAGCACUAUGAGAGCUUUGGAGAAUUCACCUGGCGGUGUGAGGAUGAACUAGGCCCCAGGAAAGCUGGCCUCAUCCUUUCACAGCUUGGAGAGCUCAGCAGUUGGUGCGAUGGACUCCUCCAGGAACCCAAGAUAAGCUUGCGUCGCAGUGCUGUCAAGUACUUGGGCUGCCGCUACAGCGAGAUCAAGCCCUAUGGGCUGGACUGGUCAGAGCUCAGCCGGGACCUCAGGAAGACGUGUGAGGAGCAGAGCCUAAGCAUCCCCUACAACGACUAUGGCGACAGCAAAGACGUCUAGCACCAAGAGGCCAGAAAGGGGCUGCCCCAAUAAAGCAGGAGACAGAAGUUGGUUUGUUGAUUUUUAACAUUUUUUAAUGCACCGUGAAAAGCUCCAGAGGCUACAUCAACAGCAGGGACAGUGACUCCCGCUCCCUGCGGAACUUCUUCCGUUUGACGUUCUUCAUCUGCAUGAUUGGUCCGCCUGCCAUCCAGCAGCUUCAUGCAGCACCAUUGUUCCUUACAGGAUUACUUUGGGAUUUGUUUUGGUGUUGAUUUGUUUCAUUCACUUUCUUGCCCCAAGAGGGUCAUCAAAAUGCUCAAGAGUAUCGUGCAUUCCAUGAAGGGUCUAUCAAGUUGAGGUACCUGUGCUCACUGCAUUUCUGGGUUCUUUGCACCUGGGCACAAGUGAAGCCAGAAAGCUAGACCUUCCUCAUGUCCCAACUUCAGGUACUCCUUAGGAGACAUCUCACUCUGAGACCUUAAGCCCUGCUCCAGGGAAAGACACUGAGAAAAUUGGGGGACGGGCACCUGUCAGAGCCUCUGGGUUUUUCCUAGGCCUUCCUCUGCCUAGCUCCACACCUCAAAGGUAAACCUAGCUUCCGUUACAGGCCCAUCAGGCCUCCUGGGGUUUUAGGUCCUCCCCCAUAUUCAAGAAGGACCAGAACUAAAUCCCCCCCAGCAGAUCUCUGCCCUCUCUUCUGACCAGAAAGAACUUUGAGGGGCAACAAGCUGCCACCACUCAAAUCUACCUUUAGAGAAGUUUGCCUGGGAAACUAGUUAGCAGCCCACAUUCUGGGAAAUAAAUUUAUUGUUUUUAAAAAAACCCACAUGCCUCCUUUGAACAUCCAAGGUCCUGAAUUUUUUUUUGUAACCCCUGUGCCUCUUACCAUAAAUAAAUAAGGUUUGCCUGAUGUUUGGUCUGGGCCAGAAGUCCAUGUAUCAUGUUAGUGAUUCUGAGAACUACAACUAUCAUCCAUCUCAAACAAACAAACAAAAAAGCAAACAACAAAAUACACAGUUCUACCCAUUCCACCACUUGCCAAAUUGCUUGUUGUAUCCCUAUUUUGGCCAGUUAUUUUUCUAAUGAUCCCAAGCAGGAGGAGUCUGUGAUUGUCACCCCUCUGUUACCACCCAUCUGAUUGCUAAGAGUAGCAGGGCUCUGUGGAAACAAAGCACUCACUGACUGCACUGAAAGACAAGGGCACCACUGUGCCUACUGCCCGGGCAUUGUCUGGUGACCCACUUCCCAGGCAGUCACAGCCUUCCAGGGCCAUGUCACCCAGUGAUGGCCUUAGCUGUCCCCAAAUUGCUAUCAACCACCCUGGCUUUGACCCGGACUCCCCCCGUGGAAACGUAUAACAAAGGUUAGGGAAGAAGUGCAGAACCUAGAAGGCAGUCACUGGGCCUUAUUGAUGCUUUCUGAGCAGAAUAGUGGCAGAUAACAUUUGUUGAGUGUUUUCUGGGUGUCAGGCACUGCUGGAAGCACUUCAAACACAGUAUUGCUGACUUCUCACAAUUCCCUGAGCAAAGUGCUACUCUUGUCCACAUUUCAGUCAUAAGGAAAUUGGGCCGGGGGAGCACUCAGCUUCCCCAGAUCCUUUCUGUUCUGUCUCUUCCAGCUACAGCAGGAGCUUAGCCUGCUGGACUCCAGGGCCAACCUGCGAUCCUCUGCACUGUUCUCAGCACAGCUUCAGUGUGUGGCUAGCACAGCUCUGGGCUCCACAAAGGCCCCGCCCCAACAGCUUUGCUCUUCCCCACUACCUGAGCCUAGAUGCCCCAAUGCCUGGUGUAGUAGAGGCAGGAGGAUCCAAGCUGCACCUUUAGACCUGGAACAAGGGUGCCCUUGGUACCAGCAGCUCCGCACCGUGUGGCCUUAUCCACCACAGACUGAGGAUGAAGCCUGGCAUGUGGCUGAAAGCCAUGUUGCUGCUCUCUUGCCCUCUCUGCUGCUUUCCAGAAAAAGACUGAAAGAUUGAUUUUGUUUCUUUCUAUUAUACCUGCCCAGAGAGUCCCCUCCAUCUUCACUGGAGGCCAGCAAAACUAGGCAAUCCUACUUGCAAUCAGCGCAGGGGCCUCGGCUUACAUGCCUCAUGGGGCCAGAUUUUCAUCCUCCUAGGGGAGAGGGUGUGGUAGGCCAGUGGAGCAGGCCUGGAGCAUCACCUCCUUGCUGCUACCAUUCUGCCAUUUUUAGCCAAGUCUAUGCCCAAAACCACAUCUUGACUUUGAGUGGGAGGAUGGUGAGACGCCACUGCCUUCUUGCCCCAGCUGUGGAGAGAUAGGAGCUGAUAGGCCAGGGAGGGGGCAUGGAGUGUGAUAAGGGCCACCCCUCUGUUACCUCAGCUUUGUUUUUAUUUUAGCACACUAUCCCACUCUCGCAUUGUUCCAGAUGCUUCUGAGUCCUUCUUGCUCCUUGGUCCACUUCACCUUUGUGCUUUCCUCUGCUUUCUGUGGGACCUUCCUCUUUUCUGGCUGGCUUCUCUAUGCUUCCUCCUUCUUCUUUCUUCUACAUCCCUUGGUGUUCUCCUCACUACCUGAGGUCAUCUUAUUGCUGGGUCCAGCCAUGCUCAAGUGAAGAAGACCAGCAUGAAUGGGGUAGGGCUAGUCUAAGGAUGGUUGUACAACUGCCUGGAAGAUUUGUUUUCCCCCUUGGAGGACACUUUCAUAACACUCUGCCAACAUUGCUCAGUUCUUACCUAGAGGAAGACAUCCUGUUAGAAAGGGUGAUGGCAUUAAACCAGUAUUAAACCUCAAGUUUUAAAACUGCCAAACAGGUCUUAAGGGAAUCACUUCCAUUCACCAACACAUGCUGUGCUCUAGUGUCCUUUUGAGACCUCUGCUCUUUCCUCUUGAAUGUACCUGAACCACUGUAAUAGACCUUUAAUGAGUGUGCAAUCAUGUUCCAUGGAUUUGGAUCUGUUCAUUACUUUUAGUUGACUGAACUUCUUGAUAUUCAGAUGUUCUGUUGAAGACUAAGUGUGAAAAGAAACACUUUACCACUGUAGAAGGAAGGAGGAAUAUAAUGUGACCAUCUUCAAGUAUAACAGUGUUGUUUAA